CGGCCGAGGGGGCUGGCUGGCGGUUGGGCGGGGCGCGGUCGGGCCUCAGCUCCUCACGCGCAGCGCUGUUAGCUUCGUAUCCCGCGCCGCCGCCGCUGUCGGAGUCCUGGCGGCAAGCAACGUCCGCAGGCCGAGGCAGCAGCCAGAGAAGUCGCGGGCACUGAGACCCCAGAGCCAUUUUUCAUCCUGCUUUUCCAGAAGAGAGAGUGAAGUCCCAGUGAGGGGUGUGCCUUGACCAGCUUCCUCAGUUGGUGAGUGUGGAAGCUGAAGCUGGAAUAGGAGCUCCUGACUGCCCACCUGGUGCUUUUCCCCUCAGCCACAUUUCCUGUUUCUCCACUGGAGUAAAAAUAAAAGUUUUUCCUGUACUCAGUGAGUUCUUUGAGUUUCCUGAUCACCAGUGUUUUGAAGUCUGCAUCUGGUUUCUUCAUUCGCAGAAAAAAAAAUGGAUCAUUUAUACCUUUGGAGGACUCAGUUAACACCAUACUUCUAUACUACCAACUAAGAUUUAUGAUAGUAAAUUUAUGACAAUAAAUUUCUGUCAUAGAAUUGCUGAAGAACUAAAGGAGGAUAUUUUUUAUAAAAAUACUCUUAUCAUGAUAUUACUAAAUAAAACUAAAAAGCACAAUUAUUAAAUUAUUAGACUUGCUACUACAAGUACAUAUGUGCAACAGCUACUGUAUCCUGACAGUUACCAAACCUCAAAUUUAGAUGGUUUUUCUUUGUGGGAGAGGUUGCUAUAAUUGCAAGAAACCACUGAACAUUGUCAAAUAUAUUUUCAGCCUGACUGUCAUUUAGGUGAAUUUACUUGAAACAAGUUCUAGAAAAUUCCAAGUCCCACCACUAAGUGGAUUUGAUAUUAUGGCAGCAACUUACAGACUUGUGGUUAGUACUGUGAACCACUACAGCAGUGUGGUGAUAGACCGACGUUUUGAGCAAGCUAUUCAUUAUUGCACUGGAACCUGCCACACCUUCGCACAUGGAGUUGACUGCAUUGUGAUACAUCAUAGUGUUUGUGCAGACCUCUUACACAUCCCUGUGUCUCAGUUCAAAGAUGCAGAUCUGGACUCCAUGUUUUUAUCCCAUGAAAAUGGGUUUUCAUCAGCUGAAAGUGACUAUCCCCAUCAGGCCCUCACAGGCAUACCCAAGGUCAAGAAAGGAUCUACAUUUCAGAAUACCUGUAACUUAAAGGACAUUGCAGGAGAAGCAAUCAGUUUCGCCAGUGGGAAAAUAAAAGAAUUUUCCCUUGAAAAACUCAAAAACUCUAACCAUGCAGCUUACAGAAAGGGAAGGAAAGUUAAGUCUGACUCAUUUAAUAGGAGAUCAGUUGAUUUUGACUUGCUCUGUGGCCAUUAUAACAGUGAUGGGAACGCCUCAUCCUUUGGUUUACUCCGGAGUUCCUCAGUUGAGGAGAAAUCUUUGUCCCAUAGAAACUCACUUGAUAUGAACCUGACUUCAAUGUUUCUUCACAACUUCUCUGAAGAAGACCUGGUUACUCAGAUUUUGGAAAAACAUAAAAUAGAUCAUUUUUCUUCUGGAACAGACAUAAAGAUGUGCUUGGAUAUCUUGCUGAAAUGCUCUGAGGAUUUGAAAAAAUGCACAGACAUUAUAAAACAAUGUAUAAAGAAAAAGUCAGCAAGUAGCAUCAAUGAAGGAAAUGGUAAUGAUGCAGUUUCUAGCUCUGAAACUGUCUACAUGAAUGUAAUGACCAGGUUAGCAUCCUAUCUGAAAAAGCUACCAUUGGAAUUCAUGCAGUCUGGGAAUAAUGAGGCUAUAGAUUUAACAGAAUAUGUUAAUAUGCCUAGUUUACAGCUGGCCCCUUUCUCCCCAAUAUUUGGCACUGAGCAGCCCCCUAAAUAUGAAGAUGUUGUCCAGCUCUCAGCUCCUGAUCCUGGACAGUUUCAAACUGUAGAAUCGCAAGGUGAAAAGCAUAGUUCUAGGAAAACAGACACUGUAAAAUCCAUUCCAAACAACUCUACAAAUUCCACAUAUAACUUAGAGAUAAAUGAUCCCCAAACUCUAAACAAUGUCCAGCUUCAGUCACGGUCAUUAAUCAUGAACGCUUUAGGAAAUGUUUCUUCUGGUGACUUAAUGGAGACCCUUUAUAUUGAAGAAGAGUCCGAUGGAAAGAAAGCAUUAGAUAAAGGACGAAGGACAGAGAAUGGACUCAGUCAGGAGUUGUUAAAGGUAAAUGAAGAUAGAGCAGAAUUUUCAGACCAUAGUACUCAUCUUAAAAAAUGUCCUGCCUCAGUGCAAAAUGAAAUUGGUAAGGUAUUUGAGAAACCAGUUGUUGUUAUACCUAAGGAAGAUCUUAAGUCAAAAGUUCCUAAAGUGGAAGAGGAAAUCCACAGAGAUUUUAUGAAUUCUAACAGUAAGGAGGAGAUAGAUAAAUUGUUAAUGGAUUUGGAAUCUUUUUCACAGAAAAUGGAGACCUCUCUAAGAGAGCCACUUGCCAAAGGUAAAAGCUCUAACUGUCUAAAUAAUAAUAAUCAGGUGACUGAUCAGGUCCCUCUAGAUCUUGAGCCUAAAUCUAAAGUCUCUUCACCCACAGAAAAAGUGUCACCUUCCUGUCUUACAAAGAUCAUUGAAACCAAUGGACACAAAAUUGAGGAAGAGGAUCGAGCCCUCUUACUACGAAUUCUAGAAAGUAUUGAAGACUUUGCUCAAGAACUAGUCGAAUGCAAAUCAGGUAGAGGGAGCCUAUCACAAGAAAAGGAAAUGAUGCAAAUUUUACAGGAAACCUUGACAUCUUCUUCCCCCGCCAAUUUAUCAGUCUGUAGAAGUCCUGUUGGUGAUAAAGCCAAAGAUACUACUUCAGUGGUUUUGAUUCAGCAGACCCCAGAAGUGAUCAAGAUUCAGAAUAAACCAGAAAAGAAACCUGGAACACCACUGCCACCUCCAGCCACCUUUCCCAGUAUUCCCCAACCUCUUUCCCCUGUUCCUCAUGUGAAUAAUAUUGUGAACACACCAUUGUCCAUAAACAUUCCACGGUUCUACUUUCCUGAAGGACUCCCAGAUGCCUGCAGUAACCAUGAACAGACUCUAAGCAAAAUUGAAGCUGCUUUCAUGGAUAUUGAAGAUCAGAAAGCAGAUAUUUAUGAAAUGGGAAAAAUUGCCAAGGUCUGUGGCUGUCCUCUCUAUUGGAAAGCCCCCAUGUUCAGGGCUGCAGCGGGGGAGAAGACAGGAUUUGUGUCAGCACAGUCAUUUAUUGCCAUGUGGAGAAAGUUGCUGAAUAAUCAUCAUGAUGAUGCCUCUAAGUUUAUCUGUCUUCUCGCAAAGCCCAGCUGCAGCUAUCUAGAACAGGAGGAUUUUAUCCCUUUGCUUCAGGAUGUGGUGGAUACACACCCUGGCCUCACAUUCCUGAAGGAUGCUCCAGAAUUCCACUCCCGCUACAUCACCACAGUUAUUCAGAGAAUAUUCUACACAGUGAACAGAUCUUGGAGUGGAAAAAUUACUUCGACAGAGAUAAGAAAAAGCAACUUUUUGCAAACUCUAGCCCUUUUGGAAGAAGAGGAAGAUAUAAACCAAAUCACAGACUACUUUUCCUAUGAACACUUUUAUGUUAUUUAUUGUAAAUUCUGGGAACUAGAUAGUGAUCAUGACCUCUACAUCAGCCAGGCUGAUCUAUCCCGAUACAAUGACCAGGCUUCAUCAAACAGAAUUAUUGAAAGGAUAUUCUCUGGGGCAGUAACAAGGGGAAGAACAGUACAGAAAGAGGGAAGAAUGAGCUAUGCAGAUUUUGUUUGGUUUUUGAUAUCUGAGGAAGAUAAAAGGAACCCCACCAGCAUUGAGUAUUGGUUCCGCUGCAUGGAUGUGGAUGGGGAUGGUGUGCUCUCCAUGUACGAGCUGGAGUAUUUCUACGAGGAGCAGUGCGAACGGAUGGAAGCUAUGGGCAUUGAGCCCUUGCCGUUCCAUGAUUUGCUGUGCCAGAUGCUUGACCUGGUGAAGCCAGCCAGUGAUGGCAAAAUAACUCUACGAGAUCUGAAGAGAUGCAGAAUGGCUCACAUCUUUUAUGACACUUUCUUUAAUCUGGAGAAAUACUUAGACCAUGAACAGAGAGAUCCCUUUGCAAUCCAAAAGGAUGUGGAGAAUGACGUUCCUGAGCCCUCCGACUGGGACAGGUUUGCUGCUGAGGAGUAUGAGACUCUUGUAGCGGAGGAGUCUGCCCAAGCACAGUUCCAGGAAGGUUCUUUUGAAGAUUAUGAAACAGAGGAACCUGCCUCUCCCUCUGAAAUUGGAAACAAAGGCAAUAAAAUAGUAACCUCAAGCCUUUCAGAGAAAUGUGGAAAGCUUCAGUCAGUGGAUGAAGAAUAGCUGCCAACGUCUGUAUGAAAGGGAGAUAACGUAUUUUAAAUUUUUUCAUGUGAAGAGAUGCUCUAAUUUGCAUACUGCUUUUUAAAGGCUUUGAUUUCUGCAAGUGUGUAUCUGCACUAGGAACUUUACAACGUUUUUAAGCAAUAGAUCUGGAUAUAUAUACUCAAUUUGGGAGACUCUUCCAGUUUGCCUCAAACCUCUUACAGAGCUUUUCCUCAGAAGCAAAUACAAUUAUAUACACCACCUUCCAAAGUCUGUGAACUAGCACUCUUCACCCCUGAAUGUACCAAGGAUCUCUUGGGGACAGUGUCAUGCACAGUUCUCUGCACAAAAACAGGAGUUGCCUCUGUUAUCUAGCAUCCAUGAGGCCCCUCAGGGCUCCUAUGGAGCCCAGAAGAAAACUUCACUUGCAGAAAACUUAAGUUAAAAAAUUCUGGAACUUGAAAAAGCAUUAUGGGCCUCCAGAACUGAAUUAUAGCCCUGGCAAUAAAAGCACUGCCAAAACAUCUCAGAGACUUCUUUUAACUAUGCGUGUACUGGAGUUCAAAGAGCUUGAACUUACUUGGUUUAAUGUAUUGUUUCACAAUGACCUGCCAAACUGCUAGUCACUUUACAUCCUCAGGUAUUGUAACCACUGGGCCUUCCAACCUUGCUGACAAAGCUCUGAAUCCCCUCCUCAUCCUGACUGUGGGUCUUAUAUAAAACCUAAAGAAAAAAACUUGUUAAAUGAAAACAAGUAUGGAAUUUGACUCACUUGAAAAAAAAAUUCAACUCUCUUAUUUGUAGAAAGUUAUUGAAUGAUGUAUUAGUCUUUAAAUUAGCUGAUAUCCCAUAUACACUUCCUGUCAGAAGGCCUACUUGAAGACAAAUGAUACAUGAAAUUUCUUACCAGAUAUAUUCCUUUCAUCACUUAAUAUCAGACUAACUCAAUGUAAAGGCCUCAAUCGAAACAUUCAUGUUGAAACUUAUUCCAAAUAUUCCAUCCACCUCCAUAUUUAUCACAAAAGUAGAAAACAGUGAUGCCACCCAUAAAAAAAAAGCUAUUUCAUGUUUAGUAUAGUAGUGAAUGUGUUCAUUAUGGAAAUCUACAUUUUUUAGCAAGUCACAAUAUAGCCAAAUCCUGCAAUAACCUUGAAAAUUGAAAAUAAACUAUAGAAAGGAUGGAAAUUUCUGACAGUAUAAUAGACAGCACCCAAGCAACUUUUUAAUAACUCAUCUGUCAAAAUCAACUUUUUCCCGACUUUUUUUUUAACCAAGAGUCCUCAAUGUCAAAAUAGCUUCCCUUCCCACCCUACUUUGGUUCCCUUGCUGGUGUGAAGGCCAAAUAAUGAAAUAAACCUUUGAGCUAUAAGGAAAAUGUGGAGAAAAGAAUUUAGGAAGUGCACUACCUAUUGGUACAGUAAUAGUUAGCAAUACUUCUUGUCAGUAUCCUCCCAGGUUCCUGUUAUUUUAUCUCCACAAUCAGAACUGAUCUUACCAUUUAACUGUUAGAGAAAAUGAUAGCUAUUCCAACUUAGUAUCUAAUAGUUCACAAAGAACUAAAACUUAAAAGUGACUAAAUUUGAGGCAAACACUACAUGCUAAAUAACCUAAACAUACUGGUGAAGUUUUAGGAUUAAAAAUAUUUGUGAUACAUGACAUUUACCAUCUACCCAUCCAACCUUUACCAGGAAAGGAAAACAAUUACUUUAUUUCAGAUUUAAAAAAAAAACUUAAAAAAGAAUACUUUUUUAAAGAAGCCAGAUAUGGUUUAACGGUUUUAUUAUCCAUAAUGAUCUAAACUAUUUCUACGACUCAGCAAAAUGUAAAAAUAAAAUCUGAAUCUCAUAUAUAUUUAUUUUUUUUAACUUGGCUUUACAUUUUUACCUUCUUACUAAAGUCCCUCUUCCUUUCACUUUAGUCAAUAUUUGGUUUCAACAUUCUGUAAUAUAAAAAAGCAAGCUACCAAUAUCAUUCCAUUUAGGGUAAGGCUAUUUUAAUUUAGGUUACCAAAAGCGUAUUUUCAGACAUAAGAAUGUGUUUCACUGUACUCCUUUCCUAGAGUUGAAUGCAAGAAAUGUGAAUUCUGAGGAACUAUGAUAGUAUAUAUUUGACUUUCUGAUAAAGAUCAUGCUGCAUAUAAUCAUUACUGCCCAACUGGAAAUUUCAAGUUGUUACAAUAUCCCAAGCUCCCUGAUAAAAGUUCAAAUUGAGGUUUAUCAUGAUCUUAAUACUAGUCAAUGAUUAAUGAGUUUAAUAGCAUAACAUUAAUUGCAAGGUAAUCAAACUAAUAAAAUUCUGUGUAUUUUCCCUGCAUCUUAUCUAUGUCAUUGUGUACUGUUCGAAGUGUUUAUAAAACUCUAGAUGAUUAAAUACGUCAUUUGUCAACUUUUGGAAAUGUUAGGGUGUGUUUGGAUGGAGAAGCCUGCAUGAUUUAACUUUUGUUUUUCCCUUUCUCCAAAACUAAAUAAAGACAAGUUGUCAAAUAUGAAUCCUGUUCACUAAGACAA